AUGUCCGGAGAAGAAGACUUCUACCUCUUUGAAAACAUCUCCUCCGUGGGGCCCUGGGACGGUCCCCAGUAUCACAUUGCCCCCAUGUGGGCCUUCCAUUUCCAAACCCUCUUCAUGGGCUUGGUGUUCUUUGCUGGGACCCCCCUCAACGCCAUCAUCCUCAUUGUCACCAUUAAGUAUAAGAAGCUGCGGCAGCCGCUGAACUACAUCUUGGUCAACAUCUCUUUUGCCGGACUCCUCUUCUGUGUCUUCGCCGUCUUCACCGUCUUCUUGGCCAGCUCCCAGGGCUACUUCUUCUUCGGGCGCCACGUCUGUGCCUUGGAGGCCUUUCUGGGCUCGGUGGCAGGUCUGGUCACCGGUUGGUCCUUGGCCUUCCUUGCCUUCGAACGAUACGUCGUCAUCUGCAAGCCCUUGGGGAAUUUCCGCUUCAACUCCAAACAUGCUCUGCUGGUGGUGGUGGCCACGUGGGUCAUCGGGGUCGGGGUGUCCGUCCCCCCCUUCUUUGGCUGGAGCAGGUUCAUCCCGGAAGGGCUGCAGUGUUCCUGCGGUCCCGACUGGUACACGGUGGGCACCAAGUACAAGAGCGAGUAUUACUCGUGGUUCCUCUUCGUCUUCUGCUUCAUCGUGCCCCUCAGCCUCAUCGUCUUCUCCUACCUGCGGCUCCUGGGUGCCCUCCGGGCGGUAGCCGCCCAGCAGCAGGAGUCAGCCACCACCCAGAAGGCUGAGCGAGAGGUCUCCCGCAUGGUGGUGGUGAUGGUGGGGUCCUUUUGCCUCUGCUAUGUUCCAUACGCCACCCUGGCCAUGUACAUGGUGAAUCACCCUAAGCAUGGCCUUGAUCUCCGCUUGGUCACCAUCCCUGCCUUCUUCUCCAAGAGUUCCUGCGUCUACAAUCCCAUCAUCUACUGCUUCAUGAAUAAGCAGUUCCGUGCCUGCAUCAUGCAAACUGUGUGCGGCAAACCUCUGACGGACGAGUCCGACGCGGGCAGCUCCGCUCAGAAAACGGAGGUUUCGUCGGUGUCCUCCAGCCAAGUCAGCCCGAGCUCAGGAGCCGGCGCCACGGGUUCUCCACGGAGCUGA